UCAUGCCCAGACCACCGCAGGGCUCCAUGAGGAUUUAUGGAAGAUGCUCCGUGUCUUGGCGCCUCUGGUGCUCCUUCUGCUGUGGCUGAUGAGGAUUUGGGCCAGCCCCCAUUCCCUGAGGAUUGCUGCCAUCCUGGAUGACCCCAUGGARUGCAGCAGAGGGGAGAGGCUCUCCAUCACCCUGGCCAAGAACCGCAUCAAUCGUGCUCCCGAGCGGGCGGGCAAGGCCAGGGUGGAGGUGGACAUCUUCGAGCUGCUGCGGGACAGCGAGUACGAGACGGCUGAGACCAUGUGCCAGAUCCUGCCCAAAGGUGUGGUGGGAGUCCUGGGACCCUCCUCCAGCCCAGCCUCCAGCUCCAUUAUCAGCAACAUCUGUGGCGAGAAAGAGGUCCCUCACUUCAGAGUGGCUCCGGAAGAGUUCCUGAAGCUGCAGCUGCAGAGGUUCACCACGCUCAACCUCCACCCCAGCAACACCGACAUCAGCGUGGCCGUGGCGGGGAUCCUCAAUUUCUUCAACUGCACCACCGCCUGCCUCAUCUGUGCCAAGGCUGAAUGCCUUCUGAACCUGGAGAAGCUGCUGCGGCAGUUCCUCAUUUCCAAGGACACGCUGUCGGUGCGGAUGCUGGACGACAGUCGAGAUCCCACCCCUCUGCUGAAGGAGAUCCGAGACGACAAGACAGCCACCAUCAUCGUGCACGCCAACGCCUCCAUGUCCCACACCAUCCUGCAGAAGGCAGCUGAGCUGGGGAUGGCGUCUGCCUAUUACACCUAUAUCUUCACUAACCUGCUGUCCUCAGCGCUGCUGUUCGACGCCGUGUACGCCGUGGUGACGGCGGUGCAGGAGCUCAACCGCAGCCAGGAGAUCGGCGUCAAACCCCUGUCCUGCGGCUCAGCGCAGAUCUGGCAGCAYGGCACCAGCCUCAUGAACUACCUGAGGAUGGUAGAAUUGGAAGGUCUCACCGGCCACAUCGAAUUCAACAGCAAAGGCCAACGCUCCAACUACGCCCUGAAAAUCCUGCAGCACUCCCGCGGCGGCUUCCGGCAGAUUGGCCACUGGCAUGUGUCGCAGGGGCUCAGCAUGGACAGCAGGAUCUUCUCAUCCAACAUCUCUGAGAGUUUGUUCAACACCACGCUCAUCGUCACCACCAUCCUGGAAAACCCUUACUUAAUGCUCAAGUGGAACCACCAGGAGCUGGARGGCAACGACCGCUACGAGGGGUUCUGCGUGGACAUGCUGAAGGAGCUGGCCGAGAUCCUGCGCUUCAACUACAAAAUCCACCUGGUUGGGGACGGYGUCUACGGCGUCCCCGAGGCCAACGGCACCUGGACGGGGAUGGUCGGGGAGCUGAUCGCCAGG